GCGAAGGUUCCUGAAACGCAACAGAUCGUUUCCGGAAGCCGGUAGCCGCCUUAGUCGUCAGACCGGUGCUAGCGACACGGGAGGGGCUAACGCAUCCUCUUGCUGUUCCCCGUGUUUGGGCCUUGCCUGUGACGGUAGGAAAAGAAAAUGGCCUUGCUGUGCUACAACCGGGGCUGCGGUCAGCGCUUCGAUCCUGAGACCAAUUCUGACGAUGCUUGCACAUACCACCCAGGUGUUCCAGUCUUUCACGAUGCAUUAAAGGGUUGGUCUUGCUGUAAGAGAAGAACAACUGAUUUUUCUGAUUUCUUAAGUAUUGUAGGCUGUACAAAAGGUAGACAUAAUAGUGAGAAGCCACCUGAGCCAGUCAAACCUGAAGUCAAGACUACUGAGAAGAAGGAACUUUCUGAAUUAAAACCCAAAUUUCAGGAACACAUCAUUCAAGCCCCUAAGCCAGUAGAAGCAAUAAAAAGACCAAGCCCAGAUGAACCAAUGACAAAUUUGGAAUUAAAAAUAUCUGCCUCUCUAAAACAAGCACUUGAUAAACUUAAACUGUCAUCAGGGAAUGAAGAAAAUAAGAAAGAAGAAGACAAUGAUGAAAUUAAGAUUGGGACCUCAUGUAAGAAUGGAGGGUGUUCAAAGACAUAUCGGGGUCUAGAGAGUCUAGAAGAAGUCUGUGUGUAUCAUUCUGGAGUACCUAUUUUCCAUGAGGGGAUGAAAUACUGGAGCUGUUGUAGAAGAAAAACCUCUGAUUUUAAUACAUUCUUAGCCCAAGAGGGCUGUACAAAAGGGAAACACAUGUGGACUAAAAAAGAUGCUGGGAAAAAAGUUGUUCCAUGUAGACAUGACUGGCAUCAGACUGGAGGUGAAGUUACCAUUUCAGUAUAUGCUAAAAACUCAGUUCCAGAACUUAGCCGAGUAGAAGCAAAUAGCACAUUGUUAAAUGUGCAUAUUGUAUUUGAAGGAGAGAAGGAAUUUGAUCAAAAUGUGAAAUUAUGGGGUGUGAUUGAUGUAAAGCGAAGUUAUGUAACUAUGACUGCAACAAAGAUUGAAAUCACUAUGAGAAAAGCUGAACCAAUGCAGUGGGCAAGCCUUGAACUGCCUGCAGCUAAAAAGCAGGAAAAACAAAAAGACGACACAACAGAUUGAGUGGGAGAUGGGAGGAAGGCUAUUACGUUAUUUCAGAAUUUUUAAUACUGUGUGAAGUGGUGGCUUGCUGCUGUAAUCUUUUGUUUUGUUGUUGUGUUACUGAAUGUGGCAUUUCAGGGUUAACAUUAGGUUCUUUUUUUUUUUUUUUUUUUUUUUUUGAGAACAUUAGGUUCUUAAAAGCCAAAGUCAGUUUGUCUUUUUGUGCCUCUUAUCUUUCUUUUGUGUUAUGUAAGAUUGAUUAUUCAUUUCUCCCUACUGGUAGGAACCAUAGUUGUGUCCUAUACUUGAAGAGGCUGGAAAAUAGCCCAUAACCAUAAUUGCAGUAUUUCUUUGUAAUUUCUCUGUUAAGCAAAGAAAUAUUAAGGAACUUUUUUUUAUGUCUUUGUAUUAUUCCACAAUUAGUAAAGCAAGAUGAAAUGUCAAAUUUUAAUCAGUUUUUUUCAUGGAUUUGUGUUCUUACAGAACUUGAAAAUAUUUAAGGAAGAGAUGAAGCUCUGCAGUUUUUUCUAUGUGGGAUGAUUACUUUUUUAAGGAGGAUUAAUUCUGAGGUAGUAUAGUAAGUAAAGGGGAAUAUAUGAAUUGUUUAACAAAUCAGAAUUUGUUUACAACUACUUGAAUUUUUACAUUAUGUCAAAACUUACAUUACUUGCCAAGCAGUAUGAUGUAAGAGUAUAGGAAACAUAAAUAAGAUUACAGAGGUAUCAAUUUGGUUAAAAUUCACCAUUUUAUAAGACUAAGCAAUAAUCUUAAAAACCUCUUUCCUGAAUAUUUAAAUGUGUUUGUAUGGUGUUAUGACUAAUUGUUACUGAUUUAGAGACUAAGCCCUCUUAAAACCUUUAGUUAAAUAUAAAAAGAAAUUAUAUAUAUCUUGCCUCCCUGAUGGAAAACUAUAUAAAAUUGUAGACUUAAAAGGUUUGUGGAAAUACAUUAGGAUAUCAGAAAACUAAAUAUAUGGAGUUGCUUUAUGACUAUUACCUGUUAAAUAAAAUAGCUUAAUUGUU